AUGACAGAUGCAUUAGAAGAAAGUGUGAAAAGUUUUGAAAGAAUGAUUGGUCUACUACAGACAACUGUAGAUACAUUAAAACAUGAUUCCGAGGACAAUACACACUUGACUGAAACAUUGUUAAUGUCAAGAAGAGUAUUCGAAUUGGUUCCGGAGUAUGAUGUUCAGCGAGCUAAACUGAGUCUAAUUGAAGAGGUGGACCCCAUUGUCAAGACUUUGGAAGAUAAGUUACAAAAAUCGACAGGCAAACUCCAAAGAGAGUUGGAUACUAUACAACAAACUUGCGAGUUGAAUAAACUUCGACUUAACAACAAUCAUCGAACUAAUUUGACCACUGGAACUUCUAAUGAAAUGGAUGCGGGGAAUUUGAGUACAGAUGUUGUAGUGAUGGGUUCCUCGACGAAUGAAGAAUUGGAUACCCUACGUGCCUUGAAGAAUAGGAAACAAGAACUCGAGGAAAGAUUGGCACAGUUACAAUCGUAG